GGCGCUGUAUUCUGGCGUCACUUCCACUACAGCGAUGGCGGCACAAGGAGCAGCUGCGGCGAUUGCGGCGGCGACUUCAGGGGUCGCGGGGGAGGGCGAGCCCGGGCCCGGCGAGAAUGUGGCGGUCGAGGGGACCUCCCCGUCCCCGGGCCGCGUCUCUCCGCCGACUCCGGCGCGUGGAGAGCCAGAAGUCACCGUGGAGAUCGGAGAAACAUACCUGUGCCGAAGGCCGGAUAGCACCUGGCAUUCUGCUGAAGUGAUCCAGUCUCGAGUGAACGAUCAGGAGGGCCGAGAGGAAUUCUAUGUACACUAUGUGGGCUUUAACCGGCGACUGGACGAAUGGGUAGACAAGAACCGGCUGGCGCUGACCAAGACAGUGAAGGAUGCCGUGCAGAAGAACUCAGAGAAGUACCUCAGUGAGCUGGCCGAGCAGCCUGAGCGAAAGAUCACUCGAAACCAAAAGCGCAAGCAUGACGAGAUCAACCACGUGCAGAAGACCUAUGCAGAGAUGGACCCCACAACAGCAGCCUUGGAGAAGGAACAUGAGGCGAUCACCAAAGUGAAGUACGUGGACAAGAUCCACAUCGGGAACUACGAAAUCGACGCCUGGUACUUCUCCCCGUUCCCUGAAGACUAUGGGAAACAGCCCAAGCUCUGGCUCUGCGAGUACUGCCUCAAGUACAUGAAAUACGAAAAGAGCUACCGCUUCCACUUGGGCCAGUGCCAGUGGCGGCAGCCCCCGGGGAAGGAGAUCUAUCGCAAGAGCAACAUCUCUGUGUACGAGGUAGACGGCAAAGACCACAAGAUUUACUGUCAGAACCUGUGUCUGCUGGCCAAGCUUUUCCUGGACCACAAGACAUUGUACUUCGACGUGGAGCCAUUCGUCUUUUACAUUUUGACUGAGGUGGACAGGCAGGGAGCCCACAUCGUCGGCUAUUUCUCGAAGGAAAAGGAGUCACCAGAUGGGAACAACGUGGCCUGCAUCCUGACCCUGCCCCCCUACCAGCGCCGUGGCUAUGGAAAGUUCCUCAUUGCUUUCAGUUAUGAGCUGUCCAAGCUGGAGAGCACAGUAGGCUCCCCUGAGAAGCCACUGUCUGACCUGGGCAAGCUCAGCUACCGCAGCUACUGGUCCUGGGUCCUUCUGGAGAUCCUGCGAGACUUCCGGGGCACACUGUCCAUCAAGGACCUUAGCCAGAUGACGAGCAUCACCCAGAAUGACAUCAUCAGCACCCUCCAGUCCCUCAACAUGGUCAAGUACUGGAAGGGCCAGCAUGUGAUCUGUGUCACACCCAAGCUGGUGGAGGAACACCUCAAAAGUGCCCAGUAUAAGAAACCACCCAUAACAGGUGGGUGGAGUCUGCCCAGGGUGUGUGUGUGUGGGGGGGGUAGAUGUAAGGACUGCCGUGAGCCAAGGCCUCUGUUUUGCUGUCAUCGGAUCCCCAACCAGUCUGACCAGCUCCCAGGACUGAAGCCUGGGGCAGCCCCCUCCCCAGGACUCAGUCUGCCCCUGUUCUCACCUCGAGGUGAAACCUGGCCUGGGCCCAGGGCAGAGCAGCCAGUGCGAGCGGCCGGGCCCGGAGGCCCAGUCCUGCCUCUCAUGCCUCUUCUCCCCACAGUGGACUCUGUCUGCCUCAAGUGGGCACCCCCCAAGCACAAGCAAGUCAAACUCUCCAAGAAGUGAGUGGCCUGUGCCCCUGCUGCUGGACCCGUGCCUCCUUGCACCCCAGCCUGUAAAUAUGUACAGACCUGUUUCGUCAUUUUUUUAAUAAAGUAAGUUCUGCCAGUG